AGAAGUCACCCAGAGCUGAUGAACUUCUGCUUCAUUAUGAUUUGUGUCUCUUUCAUGGGCAAAAGGUAUUCUGAGUAACACCCCGACAUCCUAAGGGGACCCUAUUUUUUUCCUGUAAUCGUUAUGAAGGGAUCAGAAGAAGCCUACCUGGUGAGCGACAAAGCAACCAAGAUGUACUCCUUAACUAAGGACAGUGAAAAGAAUCACCCCAGCAAACCUCCCCUGCAGGACGAAGAAAACCCACAAAGCAAAUAUCACUGCCACAAUAAUAACAAAAAGGCCUACGAUGCCAGACAAAGAGAACAAACGUUUGCCAAAAAGAAACUGUGUAUUGCAUCGCUUAUAUGCUUCGUAUUUAUAUCUGCAGAGAUUGUAGGUGGGUAUAUCGCAGGAAGCCUCGCUGUUGUAACCGACGCAGCCCAUCUCUUAGUAGAUUUGUCUAGUUUCUUUAUUAGUCUCUGUUCCCUCUGGCUGUCAUCAAAGUCUUCAACGACGCGGCUAACAUUUGGAUGGCAUCGAGCGGAAAUUCUGGGGGCACUUAUGUCCGUUAUUACAAUCUGGCUGGUGACUGGAGUGCUGGUGUAUUUGGCCUGCGAGCGAUUAAUUCGGCCUGACUAUACCAUCGAUGGGACCGUAAUGCUGAUAACGUCCGCCUGUGCCUUAGGGGCUAAUUUAGUCUUGGCUUUGAUUUUGCACCAAUCAGGACACGGACACAGCCACGCAGGAGGCAAACACGAGCAUAUGGCAUCGGAAUACAAGCCCCAAACCAAUGCGAGUAUACGCGCAGCCUUUAUACACGUCAUUGGGGAUCUGUUUCAGAGCAUUAGUGUUCUCAUUAGUGCACUGAUUAUUUACUUUAAGCCAGAGUACAAGAUGGCUGAUCCCAUAUGCACCUUUAUAUUCUCCAUUUUUGUGUUGAUCACAACUGUAACGGUGCUAAGGGAUCUCUUGACUGUCCUAAUGGAAGGGACUCCGCGAGGGAUUCAUUACAGUGACGUGAAGCAGUCCAUUCUGGAUGUAGAUGGGGUUAAAUCAGUACACAGUCUGCAUCUAUGGGCUCUAACCAUGAAUCAAGUCAUCCUUUCAGCUCACAUUGCCACAGACAUUGUUGGGGAAUCAAAGAGAAUUCUGAAGGACGUCACACAGAAUGUAUUCGCCAGAUUCCCUUUUCACUCAGUCACCAUUCAAGUGGAACCAAUAGAAGACCAGAGUCCGGAGUGUAUGUUCUGCUAUGAGCCAACACAGUAAUUAAAGUAAUCGCCAUCCAUUGGGCCUCAUUACAGCCAGCCAAUGACUAUUUUUCCUAAAGGUUAAUUUACAAGGAAACUCUACCACUCUCAGCACCACCAGCCCAAGGUGGGCAAACAAUUGAACAGAUGUUAGGGCGCACAAUGUCUAAACUGCAUGUCUAGAUUAUAAUUUCUGGGUGUAGCAGUAGCACAAUAAAAUAUUAAGACGUAUUGACCCCCUUAAACAGCCUCCUGUUUAUACAAGGCCCCGGGAAAAUAAACUAGGGUGGUUAUUUUAUUCCCAUGUGAAAUUUCUGCCCUUCAGUGAAGAGCUGACAGAUACAUGCGCUUCCCUAUCUGCUUCGGUGCCCUCAGCGCCAUACGGAACUCUGCAGAGAAGAACACAUGAAUCUGAUGUAAAGGAAGCAAGAUAGCUUUAUUUAGACUGGCCAAUUAAAAUGGAAAAAUGGACAAGUGACCAAUAUGCUAUGAUUGCUUAGCUGCCUCUCAUGCUAAUGUGAAAAAAUAAUAAUUAUCAUUAUAAUACAUUUACUAUUGUACAAAUGCUUUAAUGGACUAUUAAGUAUACCAUAUAGUAUACCAUAUACCUAUUGCAUGCCACCAAUUACCGUUGCCAUCUUUAAAUCCCAUCAAUCCCCCCCACCACCACUCAUAUAACCAUCUACUCCUCAGUGCUGACUUUAUAUACUCUCCUGUAUAGCCCCUCAAAAUCCUCUUCUUUCUUCAUAUAUCAUAUCAGCUUGACUCUUCUCACUUGAGAUCUCCUUAUUCGAUUAUCUUGUAUGAUAUCAUAUGUCCAACUUGUAGAGUACCCCCUGCACCUACACCCAGGCACGGAUUUGUGGCGAGGUCCCAAGGGCCUGGGCCUAGCACGGCACAAUUAUAGGGGCAACAUAAGGAGCAAUGGGUACCGGACUUGCAGAAAACUUCAGCGUAUCCUCUCCCUACUGCUCCGUAAGUGGGGGGGGGGGGGGUGGCCUCGGGGUGCCGUAUUAACAAAUCCUGCCCUUCCCACACCCAAUAACUUUAGAUUGUUGAGAAUAAAACAGAGUUAUAGCCUUGACCCAAGUGCCAUAGACGUUAAUGCCCACUUGUUUGUUGAGGUUUGUUUCGCUCUAGGGCCAUGGGAGCCGUCAGACUGAGAACUGCAUCAAUGAGCCGAUGCUGUCCCCAAUCCUGAUUCUAGGGGUUGGGGGUCCCCAUACACAGGUAGAUAAGUUGCCAUAUUGAUCUAAAGGACUUGAAUCGGCAGCUUAAAUCUGCCUGUGUAUGGCCUAGUUGCCUUCAUACAAGUUAAAUCUUUUUCUUUUAUCAUUUGACAAACUUAGUGUAUAAUUGCUGGUAUAAAUCUGGUGCUGUAUAGCUUUAAAUUCCCUAUUUAUUACCAGGUAGGUGGCUUAUACCAUAUAUAAUUCUAAAUACAAAAUACAAUUAACAUUUCAUUGUUUCAUGCAGGAAUAGAUAGUAUUUUAUAUCUAUUAUGGAGUAACUCAUGCACUGUUAUCUUCAGAAACCCAUUUGCACUUGACAUGCUGUACAGAUGGUACUGAACCAAGUUUUGCUUUUUGUGUAUAUUCAACUGUAUGGGGACAUAUUUAUUUCUAGUAAAUAUACUUCUGAGCUCUCGGAGCUUUAUCACAGUAUCAUAGAGCAAUAUUUUGUCUUUCACGGUGUAACUUGCUAAUCACUGCCCCAUCUUAAUAAAGCUGCAAAUGUGCACAUACUGUA